AUGGAACGGCAGUCUGCACAAAACUCCGCGGGUAUCCAGACCCUGCUUGAUGCUGAGAGGGAGGCGCAGAAGAUUGUUCAAAGAGACCGCACGAAGCGCGUAAAGGAGGCCAGAGACGAGGCGAAGAAGGAAAUUGAUUCGUACAAGAAGACCAAGGAGAAUGAGUUCAAGACCUUCGAGUCUGAGCACACAAGCGGCAACAAGAAGGCAGAGGAGGACGCAGGCAAGGACGCCGAGACGAAGAUAAAGGAAAUCAAGGGCGCGGGCCAGAAGGGCCAGGAUGCUGUUAUCAAGGAUCUGUUGAAGGCGGUCUUUGAUGUCAAGCCUGUGGCUCCUGAGCGGAUCGAGGUACCGAAAUAG